AUGCCUCGAAGCCAUUGUUAUUGCCUUUCUGGUUAUAUUAUAUAUUUCUCCCUCCUAAUCCACACUCUUGCUUCUCCUCCACUCCACUUAUGCCUCCACGACCAGAGGGAUGCUCUUUUGGAAUUCAAAGACGAGUUUCCGAUUGAUGAGCUUGACCCAGUUCCGUGGAACAAGAUCACAAGUACUGAUUGCUGUUUCUGGAAGGGUGUCACGUGCGAUGAUAAAUCUGGCCAAGUGAUAUCACUCAACCUUCAUGACACCAAUCUCAACGGCUCUCUGAAAGCCAACAGCAGCCUUUUCAGACUCCAACAUCUUCGUCACUUGAAUCUCACUGGCUGUAGUCUCCAAGGAGAGAUACCUUCUUCACUAGGAAACUUAUCUCGUCUCACACUUGUAGACCUUUCUCAAAAUGAUUUGGUAGGUGAGAUUCCGUCUUCUAUAAGCAACCUAAAGCGACUAAGAUACGUCAACCUUGGGGCUAACGAGCUCUCAGGAGAGAUUCCGUUUUCAGUCGGCAAUCUAAACCAGCUAAGAUACCUUAUCCUUGCGGCUAACAUGCUCACAGGAGAGAUACCUUCUUCACUAGGAAACCUUUCUCGCCUCUUAGAUCUUAGGCUUUCCAUUAAUAACUUGGUAGGUCAAGUCCCGGCUUUCAUCGGAAACCUAACCGAGCUACAAGUCGUGUCACUUGGCCAAAACAAGUUAAACGGCAGCGUUCCUAAAUCAUUCGCCAAUUUGACCAAGCUUUAUCAUAUUAGCCUCCGCUCUAAUUACUUGACAUCCACGCUUCCUUUUGACAUGAGUGGAUUCCACAACCUGGAGCAUUUUGAUGUUGGUAACAACUCGUUUCUCGGGUCUUUCCCUAAAUCUUUGUUCUUGAUCCCUUCCUUACAAGUGGUUAACUUGGAAGAUAACCAAUUCACAGGAACUAUAGAUUUUGUGAAUACAUCUACCUCAUUGCCUAACCUAGAUUAUCUAAACCUAGGUAGUAACAGAUUCCAUGGCCCAAUCCCGGAAUCUAUAUCUAGAUUUCUCAACCUUGGAGAGUUAGAUCUUAGCCUCAACAAUUUCACUGGAACAAUCCCUAGAUCUAUCUCAAAGUUAGCCAACCUAGACGUACUUGAUCUCUCCGACAACAAGUUACAAGGUCAAGUACCAGGUUCCUUGUGGAGACUAACGACAAUGACGCUUUCUCGCAACUGUUUCAGCAGCUUUGAGAAACCAAACCCUUCAGAGGAAACACUGAUCCAAGCGUUGGAUCUCAACUCAAACUCAUUCCGAGGACCACUUCCCCACUGGUUCUGCAAGAUUCAAUGGUUAAGCUUCUUAGAUUUGUCAAACAAUCUCUUCAACGGCUCUAUUCCUCCAUGUCUAAGCAACUCCAUUGUUUCUUUCACAUGUCUGAUUCUACGUAACAACAGUUUCAGUGGGUUGCUUCCAGAUAUAUUUUCCAAUGCCACCGAGUUACGAUCACUCGACGUUAGUAGGAACAAGCUUGAGGGAAAUCUUCCAAGGUCUUUAAUCAGUUGCGUUUCUCUGCGGCUUGUGAGUGUGGAAAGCAACAGAAUCAAGGGACAGUUUCCAUCUUGGUUGGGAUCUCUGCCGUCAUUACAUGUUCUCAUCCUCAGAUCAAACGACUUCUAUGGUCCGUUGGAUGAGUCCGUUGGGUUUGAGAGUUUAAGAGUCAUCGAUCUUUCACACAAUGACUUCACCGGAACUCUCCAGCCUCAUUCUUUCUCCAGCUGGCGUGGAAUGACCACAGUGAGGGAAGAAGAUGAUCCGUACAUGGCAGAUAUCAUCAACUAUUCUACCUUCUAUCGUAAUUCCAUGGUGUUGGUGAUUAAAGGAGUAGAGACGAGCUUCGAGCGGAUCCAACAAGACUUCAGAGCCGUUGAUAUUUCCGGAAACAGAAUUUAUGGCAAAAUUCCUGAGUCUUUGUGCUUGUUGAAGGAGUUGCGUCUUCUCAACUUGUCUGGUAAUGCCUUCACUAGCGAUAUCCCACGAUCCUUAGCAAAUCUGACAAAGCUCGAGACAUUGGAUCUGUCGAGUAAUAACUUGUCAGGUCAAAUCCCUCAAGAACUUGGUGAACUCUCGUUUUUGUCAUACAUGAACUUCUCCCAUAACCUUCUCCGAGGUCACGUGCCACGAAGCACACAGUUUCAGAGCCAGAGGUGUUCUUCAUUCUCGGACAACUCUGGACUCUACGGUCUGGAAGAAAUCUGUGGAGAAACCCAUGUCCUAGAUCCUACAUCACAGCAACAACCUGAGGAAUUGGCAGAGUCGGAGGAACCUAUGUUCAACUGGAUAGCAGCUGCAGUAGCCUAUGGUCCUGGUGUGUUUUGUGGAUUGGUGAUCGGACAUAUCUUCUUCAAUUCACGCUAUUAUAAGUUGGUCGGAGAAAAAAAACUCAAAGUGACCUCAAGUGCUCGCUAA